AUGAGUUUAUUGUUGGAUGAUGAAGUGGCUUUAGGAAAUGAUAGUCAUUAUAAAAGAUAUAUUGUAGCUAUUGAAAAAGUUUUAAAACAAUUUGAAGAAUCUACUGAAUGGGCUGAUCUUAUUACUUGUUUAGUCAAACUAAAAAAAACUCUAGAAAAUUAUCCACAAUAUCAAUCAAUACCAAAACGAAUAAGUCUAACGAAACGUCUUGCACAAUGUCUUAAUCCAGGCUUACCAUCCGGUGUUCAUUUAGAAACUCUUAAAGUAUAUGAUACAAUAUUUCAUAUUAUUGAUAAACGCGCAUUACAACGUGAUAUACUUUUUUAUUCACAUGGAUUAUUUCCUUUAUUACCUGUUGCUGGAUUACGCGUUAAACCUGUUCUAUUAACAUUAUAUGAAACAUAUUUUUUACCACUUGGUAAUGGUUUAAAUUCGGUAUUAACUGGAUUUUUAAUUGGAUUAUUUUCGUCAUUAGAAGAAGGUGCGGAUUAUUAUAAUAGAAUUAUUUUAUUACUUGAUAAUUUAGUAAAUAAAACCGAUGAGAUUUAUUUUUAUACUUGUAUAUGGUCUGCUAUGCAUUUAGUUGCAUCAGUACGACAUUCUGCAAUAACAUUUAUUUUAAAUCAUUUUGAUAAAAGAAAAACUCUCGAUGAUCAAAUGUAUUUAAUAGGUUUAUCCAGUGAUACAAUGGUUUCUGCUAUUUGUGCAUGUUUAUAUGAUAAUGAACAAUCAUUAGUUCAACGUUCCGUUCUUGAUUUUCUUCUUAUUUGUUUACCAAUUCAUAAAAAACAAUUAACAAAAGUAAAUAUGAUAAAAAUUAUUAAAAUGACAUUUCAUAUUUUAUUAAAACAUGAUGCCGGUUUAAAUCGACGUAUUUAUGAUUGGUUUCUUGGUACAAAUCAAUUAGAUAAUAAUAAUCAACAAUAUCAAUUAAAUGAUUCCGAAUCGUAUUUUAUUAUGUAUACACAGGAGAUUUUAAUUGAAUCAUUGAGAGAUUUAUUAAAAAUUAUAUCGAAGAAAUCAGUAUCAAAUAUCGCUAAAUCAGAGAAUCAUGAUAACAAAAUAAUGACAAAUUCUACUGAUACAUUAUCAUCAUCAUGGACAUUUACUAAAUCAAUUCAAGUACUUCUUGUACUUAAGAAAUCAGAUGUUGGACCGAAUAUUAUAGAGUAUAUUUUUAUGAAGUAUUUACUUCUUAUCUAUGAAGAAGUAUAUCAUCCCAGUCAAGCUUUAAUUUCGAUCAAUGCACCACGAGAAAAUAAUUAUUCACAAACGCUUAAAACAUUCAACUUGCUUCUUGAUACAUUAGAACCAUAUUUUAUAUGGGAUUUAUUAAUAAAAACUUUUGAAAUGAUUCUAUAUCAACAACAAGAUGAAAAAUUAAUUACAGUUGGAUGUACUAUUGAACAAAUAUGUGGUAUUAUUGAUAUGUUAUUAGAUAUAUUUUUAUCCGAAUUAACUACCGAAACUCAAGUAGAAAAUUUAUCUGAAAUGCUCUAUCGUCUUAUAAAUAUAAUGAAUAAUAGUAUGGAAAAACUAACAUCAAAUCAAAUAGGAUUAUGUAUUGUGCUAUUAACAAAAAUUUUCAAAAAUAUUACUCCAGUUGACAAAAAACAUCAUUUAUCAAUAUUUCGUCCAUCGAUGGAUAAUUCGCAUAAAAUAUCUGAUAAUGAUAUUGAAGAUGAGAAUGAACAGAUAAUUGAUAUUGAUAAUGAAUAUUCCACAGAUAUUUAUAAUAGAUUAUUACGUACAGAUAGUAUAGGAAAAUUACAAGAUCCAAAUGUACGUAUUGAACAAGAAAAUUUAAAUGAUAUUGAACGAUUAUUACGUCAGAUAGUAAGAAAAAUUGAAAAACAAAUGUAUAAUCUAACUAAUCCAUUAUCAGAGAAAAAACAAACUCGAUUAUCAACAUCAAAAACAAAAAUUGAUUCUAUAAAUCAUAUAGAAAAUGCAAUUAAAUUAUAUAAAAAAUUUUUUCAUCGUUUUAUUUCAAUAUAUAUUAUUGAUUCCAAGCAAAUAUCAAUAAAUGAUAAAUUUCAAAGUAUUUAUUCGAUUAUACAAACUAAAACGAACGAUAAUCUUUCAAUAAUUUUUAAUCGAUAUCAACAAUUAAAUGAAUUUCAAUUAAAAUUAACAGAUAAAGUAAAUCAAUAUCAAACGAUUUUUGAAGAUUGUUGUAAAUUAUUUAUUGAAUUUUAUUGUUUUCCAAGACAAUUCUCUAAUCAUAAUCAAUCAAUUUUAUCUAAAGGUCAAACUGAUUUUGAUGAUUGGUUUAUGGAUUUAUUUAUUUUAUCAUUAUGUAGAAGUGAUAAUUUUUCAAUUCAAACAGUUGGCAUAUCUGUUUUAAUUGAAUUAUUUGGUUACACAUUAAGCUCAUAUAGUUUAAAUCUUGAAAUAUCAAAUAAUUUUUCUCUUAUGCCAUUUUUAACUCAAGAACAAAUAUUAUUAUUUAUUAAUGAAACAGAUUUUUUUCAAUAUAUAAUUGCAUAUGUCUGGGAGUGUUUAGGUGACAAAUAUGAUAGAGAACAUAUUUUUCGAUCUUCACACAUAUUAUCAAUACUUCAUUCAAUGUUACCAAAUAAUUUAUGUGAAGAUUUAAUAUAUAAUCAAUUAUUAUUGACAAAUAUAAAACAAUCUGAAAAUGAAAUACAAAUUUUUGAAACAUAUAAAAGAUUCUUUCGUUUAUGGAAUUCAACUCGUCAUAUAUCGAAUAAAAUAAAUGAGCCUUUAACAAAAUCAUUUCAACAUUGUUUAGUUUUUGUAUUAAAUACUUUAAAAAAUUCAAAUAAUUAUUGUUUAAAAUCUCUAGUACAGCAAUGGACAUAUGAUUGUUUUAUUCAUGGGGAUAUGUGUCAAAUAUUCGAUAUACUUCUUAUUAUGCUUUUGCAUAUCGAUACAACACGUAUUAACAUUCAACAAUUCGAUCCAACAAUACAUAAAGAAUUUUUUCUUAAUCAAGGACAGAAUUCAUAUGAUCAAAUAGAUCUCAAUUCAAAUUCAAAUCAUGAAACAGAUAAUACAAAUGAAAUAACAUUUUCGUUAACAUUUAAUACUGAAGAAAAUGACGAUGAAUGUUUUCAUAAUUAUGGUAUUGAACAAGAAGAUACUGAUGAAGAAAAAAGAAUUCGUGCAAUUAGCUGUAUAAGUCCUGGUGAAACUAUUUAUCAUAUAAGAUCUCCUCCACAAACUAUCAAAUUUCCAUCAUUUUCAAGUCUUUCACAACCAAUUCUUUCAAAUUUUCGUUCAUUAUCACCUCCAAUAUUGUCUAAAUCAACUAAACAACGUCCACCUACAAUGUCUCAUGUACUCGGUCGACCUAGUAUUCAGCUUGAAACAAAUAGUCAUUUAAAACAAAUGUUUACAUCAAGUACUGCUCUUAGUAAUUCACUUCAUACACAUUCCGUACCAAAUGAAACUAUCAUUGAUGAAUCUAAUACAUCAUUAACGAAUGAUUCAAUAGAUUGUCAAUAUGCUUAUAUUUUACUUUAUACACAACCUUAUGAUUCCAAACGUAUUAUGUUAUCUUUAAAUAUCAUUGAAAGUUUAAUUGAUUUUAUUCCUGAACAAUUAAUUCAUUCAUUAUUAACAACAUCAAAUAUUCAAUCACCCUCAAUAAGUAUAUAUAAUAAUAAAAUGCAUGAAUUAUUUCAAAAACAUUGUCGUUUAAUUGAAGGAAAAAAUUCUAAUAUAUCUAUUGAAGAUAGUCAAGAAUAUCAAUCAUAUUUAUGUUUAUUAUUAAAUAUUCUUUUAAUUUAUUCACAUAGUUAUUAUCCAAAAUAUUUUGAUAUACAAGAAAAUUCUAAGAUACAUACAUUUUCUUUAUUAAUAUUAACACGUAUAUGUCAUAAUUUAUCAUAUAUAUGUAUGAAUAAUAUAAUCUUAAUAAAUUAUGUAAUAAAUUUAUUUAAAAAAGUUUCAUUUCAAAAAAUAAUUUUAUGUUUAUUUAAUCGAAUUUAUAAGAAUAAAUCAGAUUUAUUUCAAAUCAAAAUUAUCUAUGAUUAUAAUAAUGAAUAUUUACAUGAACAAUUAUCAAAACAAUAUUUAAAACAAUUAAUUCGAUUAUUAGAAGAAAUAAUUUUAUUGGAAAAUAUUAUUUCAUCAAUAGAUAACAAUUUAAUUUAUCAACCAAUUGUUAAUCAAACUAUUUUUCUAUCAACAAUUUUACAAUAUUUAAAACAAAUUCAUUUUAUUGAUAAUCAUCGUUAUAUAAUAAGUUUAGUGGUAAGAAUCUUACCACAUUGUGGUUCAGCAUUAAAAACAAUUAGUGUACGAGUUAUUGAACAAAUUUGUCAAAAUUUAUGUUUUAUUGUUCAAUAUUAUAGUCAACAAGAAAAAAAGAUUAAAUUUAAACAUUUAUUAUCAUUUGAUACAUUUGAUUAUAUUAUUCAUUUAAUUCAACGUCUUUCAUAUAUUUGUAAUUAUUGUCUUGGUAAUACAAUAAACAAUACACAACACUUUACUGAAACGUUGUGUCCUCAACAUUGGAUGAAACAAUUAACUACGAAUUCAACUGAUUUUUCUAAUGCACGUCAAGCAAUGUUAAAUAAACUUCCAUUAAUUUUAUCAAGUCUUUUAUUUAUAUGGAAAACAUUAUCAAUUGAUCAAACUAAUUCAAUAUGGUUAGAAAAUAAUAUAAAACAAAUACGAGAAAUAAUCAUUGAAUGUGUAACAUUAUUAACAAAAUCGAAUGGUAUCUCAUUUAUUCAUGCAAUUGUUAAAUGUUGGGGUGAAUAUAAACAACAACAAAAAUCAUCAAAAGAUAAUAUUGGUGAAAUACAAGCAUUGAUUACUAUACUUAUGAAUAUAAAUAAUUUUACAAUAAAUGAUAUGAUUUAUAAUAUUAAUGAAUUUAUUCGAAAUCAAACAACAAUGAGUGAUAAAAAAAAACAAAAUUAUAUGAUUUGGUGUCUUCAAUUUCUUUUAGCUUAUUUAGAACAACAAAAAAAUACAUCUAUUAAUUAUUGGUCAAUGUUAGUUAUUAUGUUUAAAGAAUAUUUAACACAAUCUGUAUCACCAACAGUUACAUUUUUAAUGAUAGGAAUAUUAAGUUUUUAUGUCAAACAAUUACCAUCAUCUAUUGGAAAACGAGAUGUAAAAGAUUUACAAGACAUAAUAAUGAAAGUUCUUGAGAAUUGUAAUACCAUAGUUGCUUCAUCACUUGAGCAAAGCAAAUGGUUACGUAAAAAUUUACAUGUACGUGUUGCUCAAUCCGAUUCUGAACCUAUCAAACUACCUAUUAUUGAUUCAUCAAAUGAAAUCGAUAAUAACAAUCUUACACUUGAUUUUGAUGAUACUUCACAAUCAACAAAUUUCAGUCUAAUUGCAUUAACAAUUCUUGCUGAACAUGCAGCAAAAUUACUUGAUAUUAUUUAUAAUUUAACUGAUGAUAAAGAUCGUUUUAUUAUUCCUUAUUUACAAAAUCUUGUAACUAAUGUUAUGCCAUAUGUUCGUACACAUGUCUUAUCAAAUACUCCAUGUUAUCGUGCAGCAUCUACUUUGCUUAUGAAUAUAUCUCAAUAUUCAUAUACGCGAAAAGCAUGGAAAAAAGAAGUAUUUGAACAAUUAUUUGAUACAGGAUUUUUUCAAGUUGAUCCAUCAACAUUACGUUUAUGGGCAAUAAUUAUUAAAAAUAUGAUAGCAAAUGGUAAAACAACAUCAUUUCAUGAUGUUCUAAAUCGAAUAAAUACAAUUCCAAUUGGUUUAUUUUCUUCAAAAGAAUAUGAACAACGUUCUAUGCUUAUAAAACGUUUUGCUUUUGUUAUUUAUGCAUCUGAAAAAGAUGAAUAUAAUCAAUAUUUACCAGAAAUACUUGUAUGUAUUACUGAUUUACUUAAAUUACCACAAGUACCAAUAUUAUAUAUACAAGUAUUUCACUUCCUACGUAUUUUAUUAAUAAGAAUAUCAAGUAAAAAUUUAAUUUCAUUUUGGCCAAUAAUUAUGUCAGAACUUAUUCAAGUUUUAUUACAAAUUGAACAAGAUCUUUUAUCUGAUAUUGAAGGAAAUCCUAGAUCGCAUGUUCAACGAAUGACUACACAGGAAAUAACUUUAUCAAAUAAUUCAAAUCUUAUAUUAAAAGUAUAUUUAUAUGCUUGUAAAUUACUCGAUAUUCUCUUAGCAAUACCUUUUUCUGACAUAUAUCAAUUUCAACUUUUUCGAUCUGCAUUUGUUGAUGAUCAUGUUAAAAAUUAUGAAAAUUCAACUCUUGAUACAUUUAUAACUUUUUCAAUACGUUUAUCAAAAUUAUUUGAACAAAAAUUUCAAACAAUUCCAAUAAUUCAAACAUCAAAUUUUCCAUUACUUCGUUUACGAACAAUAUCAAAUAUUAGUGAAUUAUUUCCAUUCUUUAAUUAUUUAUCUAAAAUGCAUCUAUAUGAUAAUCUAUAUUUAAAAAAAGAUCAAAUGUUUCUAUCAGAUAAAACAAAUGCUAUUGAGACAAGUAUUCUUGAAGAUUUUCUUGAAUGA